AUGGUCGCCUGCAGCCUCCUGGCCCGUACCCUCUUCGUGACAGUUGCAGCACCGCUGGCCCUUCUCGGCUCACUUCUCUUCCAGGUGUCCGUCGAUCUCGAGAUCCAGAGCUUGGCCAACUUGAAGUAUGCCGUGGACCAAGAAGCCGUGGCUGCGGCAACCGAGGCGGAGGCCGCACGCGACGUCGGCCAGGCGGCGCUGGAUCAGACUGAGGGCGAGCUGCUCCAGGCGAAGGCUGAGACCUUGGACGCCAGCGUCGCAGAAGCCCAGGCCACAGAGUUCGGUAGCCUGGGAGCUGCUGCCGGGACAGGGGAAGCGGCCGAGGAGGGCGGAAGUGCCAUUGCUGAGCAGGUGGAGGAAGUGGCCUCGAGCGUUGUGAAAGGCCUCGGCGAGUUGCCAGCCACUGGCAUGGCCUCAGCGGGAGCUUCAGAGGCCGUGGCAGAUGCAGCGGCAGAGGCUGUGGCUGGAGCAGCAGUGUCUUCGGUUGGAGUGGAUGCCGCGCUGGCCGGCGCGGCGGGGGCGGUCGCGGAGCAGGGCCCAAAGGUGGCCGCGGCCGCGCAGGAAGAGUGGGCACUGGGCUCUGAGGAGAUCCAGGCUGCAAACGAUGAGCGCCUUGCUGUCGAGAAGGAGGUGCAGGCAGUCGCUCUUGAGGGCGACGUCCCAAUUCUGGAAGCUGGUUCCUACAGCUCCCAUGAUGCAGCGGUGGCGAGCGUCAUGACGGCCGGUGGAUACUUGCUGGCCGCAUCGGGAACGCAGCUGGUGGUGUUGGCAGUGCAGGCUCCCUUGGCCCUGGUGGUGCUCACGCAGUGGCUUCUGGGGGCUGGUGCGAGCACCAUGGACAAGGUUGCAAAGGUCAGAUCGCAGGACUACGAUUCGUUGUGGCUCACGGGGCUGGUAGCCCAAGUUCGAGGAGGCCGGCGAAGCUGCGGCGCAGCAGCUGCCGGGAGCUUUGAGCUGACGCCGCGAGCUUGCGCGAUCGGAGUUGGUGACGCGAGGUCCUCGCUGCCGGCCCUUGCCACAAAGGACCGGGCACGUGCGACUUUUGUGAUGCAUGAUCGAUCUUGUGCUUUCGGAUGGGUGAAGGCCUUCUCCAUUCUUGGACAAGAUCCGCUGAACCACACGAGAUCGUUCAGGGCUUAG